UUAAAGACCUCUUUCUGUUGCGCCGAACGAAAUCCUCUUGCUCUGUUGUACUUGAUGUUGACACCGACAAGUGCGUCUUUUCUUUUGUUGCUCGCUUCAAACCAAAAUCUCUCUUCCUCUUUGUAGGUUUUUUUACUUGAAGUUUAAGUUAUAAUAUAUGCAGCUAUGGAUGGUAAACGAGAAAAUUUGUUACCAUCAUCCUUGCCUAGCCAGUUGUUAUCAAUUGAUGAGGAACUAUGGCAAAUGGCUGAAGACAGGGUGCAAGAAAUACUAUGGACAAUUCAACCAAAUGUAUUAUCUGAGGUGAACAGAAAGGAUGUUAUUGACUAUGUUCAGAGGCUGAUUAGAGAUUACUAUGGAGCAGAGGUCUUGCCAUUCGGUUCUGUUCCACUAAAAACCUAUCUUCCUGAUGGAGAUGUUGACUUGACAACUCUCAUUCAUGAAGAUGCAGAGGAUGAUUUGGCACAAGCAAUCUGCAAUGUACUUAAAAGUGGAGAUGACUCUGAAUACCAAGUAAAAGACAUACAAUAUAUACGUGCACAGGUCCGGCUUGUGAAAUGCACAGUGAAAAAUAUAGCAGUUGAUAUCUCUUUCAAUCAGAUGGCCGGAAUCUAUACUCUACGCUUUUUGGAGCAGGUUGAUCAACUUGUUGGAAAGAAUCAUAUUUUCAAACGCAGUAUUAUCUUAAUCAAAGGUUGGUGCUACUAUGAUAGUCGACUUCUUGGUGGACACCAUGGUCUGUUAUCAACAUAUGCAUUAGAAAUAUUAGUCUUGUAUAUCAUCAAUCGUUUUCAUUCAUCAGUGCGUGGUCCUCUAGAGGUGCUAUACAUAUUUUUGGACUACUAUGGCUCAUUUGAUUGGGACCAUAAUUAUAUUAGUAUAUGGGGUCCAAAAUCCUUAUCCUCUCUUCCAGAAAUUGCUGAGGCACCAGAAUGUGAUCAGGGAGAAUUCUUGCUCCAAAAAGAGUUUCUCGGAAAUUACAAGAAUAUGUGCUCUUAUCCAGCAGGGGCAUCUGAAACUUUGACCCAUGAAUUUCCUGUUAAGUUCAUGAACAUCUUGGAUCCUUUAAGAAAUGACAACAACUUGGGUCGUAGUGUAAGCAUAGCUAGUCUACAUCGAUUAAGAUUUGCUUUUUCCUACGGCGUUCAAAAGCUUAAGCAAAUCUUCACACUUCCCGGAGAAAACAUGGGUGCAGCACUUGAGAAGUUUUUCUCCAGCACUUUGAACAGGAAUGGGAAAGGAGAAAGGGCUGAUGUUAGCGUUCCGGUUGCUCCAUUUGGCACUGGAAGAUUCGAAGAGCCUGUCCUCUAUGGAGAUUGUGAAAAUUACUGUGGUGGCUUACAAUAUGUUCAGUUGUAUCAUAAUUAUGCCAUGCCUGUAAUUGUAGAUUCAAAUUCUCCAGCAUCACCUGAUGAUAUCCUUGCACCAACGCAGCAAAACUGGAGUCUGUUUUAUCAAGGUGCUACCGAUGUAUAUAUCCCGGCCCAGAAACUCUAUCAUCCAACUUACAGCCUUGAAGGAGGAGGCAAAUCACGUGGAACAGGCACAUACAUUCCUGACUUGAACUAUAAUUCCUACUGGGAUAUGCGCACCAAGGCAUCUAGGCCAAGGAGAUUUGCUUCAUCAAAGUACAAUGCAUUUCCCAGAUCACCUCUGAAAAAGCAACAAGUGGAAGAGGUUCACUCUGAGAUAGACAUAAUUAAUGCUAAUUCAGAUUCAAGGUUGUUUGAGUUCUCAAGUGAAGAUUUCCCCGUUCGUCCAUGCAAUUCCAAUGCUAUACCGCCAACACAAGCCCAAGAGUCUACACCAUUAGAAAAGUUUCAUUUUGAGACAGACAUGGAUGGUACUUCCCGAUCUUUUGAGUUCUCAAAUGAAGAUUUCCCCCUUCUUCCAAAGGUUUGUUCUGAGACACACAUGGAGGGUAAUUCAAGGUCAUUUGGGCUCUCAAAGAAAGAGUUCCCUCUUCUUCAAAGCGCUUGCAAGACCGUCUUGUCUGGGUCUGCUAAGUUAACUAAGCAAGCAAAGAGUUUCCCAUCCUUUAAAGAGUCUAAACUGAAAAAUAUUGAGUUUGGAACUUUCAAGAAAUCACAAUCACUGACAGAACCAGGUUUGCCAACAAAGGAUGAGAGAGAAGAUUCCGAUAUUUCACUAACUCAAAAAACUGUGUUGGUAUUUCCUAAGGUGGCGAUAGAGAGGAAAGAUGAAUCUCCUGAAAGCAAUGAGAAGAUGGAUCAACAGUGUUAACGUAAAUAUUUUGAAGGAUAUUAAGUGUGUAAAUUUAAGUGAUAGCCUCAAACUUCAUAGGAACAAAUAAAUAAUUGGUGGUGGAUCUUAACUUGUUUUGUGCUUCCUUAGUGGGAAUAGUUUAUCAUAUAUAACUCUAGGAACAUAAUGAUACCUCCCUUCUGACAUCCCAAAGGACUUGUAUUUGUUUAAGUUAAGUCUUUUAAUCAUAUAUGUAUCAGUUCUUAUGGAUAUAUUUGGAUUGGCAAUAGAAAAUAGAACAAAAUGGAUCAAAUAUAA